GAAAGGCUAGGAAUCGGAUCGGAAUCAAAAGGAAUAGGAAUCGGAUACUUGAGAUUAAAAUGUGAAUUCCUCUUAUCAAUUCCUGUGUGCAUAUUUUCAGAAAAGUACAUGCGUUGCAUGAUCUGCUGAUAUCUCAAUAAAAGCCCUUAUGAAAAUUAUCGAUAUUUUUUACUAUAGUAAGCAUAGUUUAGCUAUAGAAUUUGAAUUAAAGCAAAGGAAUCACAAAUUAACCAUAGUUGCAUUAUAGUAGCUGCAGUUUAACCAUGAUGUAGUUCAACUAUGAUAAUACAAAUUGUAAUAAAUCAGAAAAGGUGUGUUUCUAUGUGUAAAUAUACACAAAACGGUGCUCAUAAAUAUAUAUAUAUAUUUUGCAAACAAGUCAAUAAGCAGGCUAAAUGACCAUACAGGUUGAUAUCUAAAUGUUUUACUUCAACUGUGGAAUCGAUAAGAAUCGAAAUCGAUAAGCAGAAUUGGAAUCGGAAUCGAUUAAAUUGAAACGAUUCCCAACCCUAAUCGUGAUGCUCCCGCUGAAUGAAUUCCCGCGUCUGGGCGGAAGAUGGCGCCCGCCUUGCAGCGAUUCCAGUGCACCGAGUGUCCGAAUUUACUCACUCGUUUUCACCCGCUCCUUAAAGUGGACUAUGGUUACACAAUCUCUCUCCUAUUACAUCUCUAUAGGCUUCACGCUGCAUGGGUGUGCAAAAAACACCCAGGCCACAAAGAAAAAUAUUUUAGUAAUACAGUUAUUUCGAGUGUUCAAUGCAAAAAAAAAUGUUCAUGCUCUAAAACAAUAUCAACUUCAUUAGCAGCAGCAGCAUAAAAUUAUACAAUACAUAACUGCUACAUUUUUGCACACAAAUACAUUAGUAGAAUAGUUUUAGUGGCAAAUAAUAUUUGACCUGUUUGAUGCUGUCCAUUGAAAACAUGCACAAUUUAAUAUGGGGAGGGGGGGAGACAGACUGAUGCCAUAUAACAUUUAGUAAUUUAGCAGAGAGACACCAAAUCUAAUUUCAAACAAGUAAAAUAAAAAAACUAAUGCAAUUGCCGCAUUUAAGGGAACAGAAAUCAGAAACUAUUUUUCAGGCUGGGUGGUAUUAUUAAUUAAAUCCACCAGAUGGCAGUAAGAAUCCUAUAUGUUUCGCCGCAACUGAGUAAAUUGAAGAAGAACCUGCCUGAAUUUCACGUGAUUCAGUCAAACAAAAACAGUAUUUUAAAGAAACAACUUAUUAUUAAACAUUGAGCUAAUUAUACAUUUAAAUAUAUCUAAGGCACGGACUACUGCGGAAAAUGAAAUGCAUUUAGACAUAGGGCGCAGACCUCGAGCUUCACAGUUCGAUUUGGGAUUGAAUUAGAUGCUUGGCUACAAAGCACAGACAGACUGAUGAGAUAAAAACAAAUCUAUACAGUUAUCUUUAAAUCGGGUUUUAAAUAAUAUCGCACCAUGAGAAGAAGACCGCAGUCUGAAGUUUUGGCACCGGUUUAUCUCAGGACUGGGAGCGAGAAAGCAGUUUCUGCAGCAACUCAGUCAAAGUUUCACACGGAUCUCUGGCUGUGUUUCACUCUCCAGAACUGGAUACUGGACUUUGGGAGACCAAUAGCUAUGAUUGUCCUACCUUUGGAAUGGUUUCCUCUAAAUAAGCCCAGUGUUGGGGAUUAUUUUCAUAUGGCCUACAAUGUUAUUACACCCUUUCUAUUACUGAAGCUGAUUGAGCGGAGCCCCACAGCCCUUCCUCGCUCAGCUGUUUAUCUCAGCAUCAUCACUUUUGUCAUGGGUGCCAGCAUUCACCUGGUGGGAGACUCCAUCAACCAUCGGCUCAUCCUCAGUGGAUACCAGCUUCACCUUUCUGUCAGAGAGAACCCUAUUAUCAAGGAUCUAAAGCCUGCCUCAUUGAUUGAUUCCUUUGAGCUUCUGUAUUACUAUGACGAGCACUUAGGACAUUGUAUGUGGUAUAUCCCAUUCUUUCUCAUCCUCUUCCUGUAUUUUACUGGGUGCUUUACACAAGUUAAAGACAUGAGGAUGCCUCAGUCAGGUUGGCUGCUACUUGGUCCCAGUGCAGUCUACUACUGGUAUCUGAUUACUGAGGGACAGAUCUUUGUCUUGUACAUCUUCACAUUUUUUGCCAUGGUUGCCACUGUGAUGCGUCAGAGGCAGAUGGGCUUCAGACUAGACAGCAAUGGCCGUUUUCUCUUCUAUAACUUCAUCAUUACUCUGGGAUUAGUGCUGAUUUGGGUCGCAUAUCUGUGGAAUGAUAAAGUCUUGCGUAAAAAAUAUCCUGGUAUCAUUUAUGUUCCAGAGCCUUGGUCCUUUUACACUUUACACAUCAAAGCCAGCUAAGUGUUGUACUCAGAUUAACUACUAAAGAAAUGAUAUCACUUUCGGUUGCGAUCAGGAACAUGAAAAUCCCUUAAAAUCUAUAAACGUCCAGUUACUAUGAUUUUUUUAAAUAGAAUAAUAAAGACUUAUUCACUGAUUUACUGAAAUAUUGUUGCUUUUAUGUACUUGUUAUAUUUUAAUAAAAUCAACACCUGUUUGUUCCCCCGAAAAUACA